CGGCUCUCUCGCUCCUCUUCGGUCGCAGUCCGCCUCCCUGCGUCUCUGCGCUCUCGACCGGGGGACAAGAAACAAACCCCGGCACUCCGGGCCCCCUUCGUCGGCGUCUGCUCACCGACCCCCGGUACUCCUCCUCCUCUGUGGCCUGGUUCGGGGUCCGCUUCUUCUCUACCUCAUCGCCCCGAUGCCUCCUCGUCCCCGCCCCUCCUGGCUGCUGGCGGGAGUGUUCCACUUCUCACGCACUCCACACAGCACAUCCUCAAUUACGGAUCCAUCCCCUCCUCCUCCUCCUCCCCCUCCUCCUCCUCCUCCUCCGCGAGCCCCGCUGCGGCGCCCGAGCCCCGGGUCUCGCCAUGCCGGGUCCGGUGGCCGGUAGCAAGUCCCGGGUGUACGCAGACGUCAACACGCUGAAGAGCCGGGAGUACUGGGACUACGAGGCCCACGUCCCCAACUGGAACAACCAGGAGGACUACCAGCUGGUGCGGAAGCUGGGCAGAGGGAAGUACAGCGAAGUGUUCGAGGCCAUCAACAUCACCAACAACGAGAAGGUGGUGGUCAAGAUCCUGAAGCCGGUGAAGAAGAAGAAGAUCAAGCGAGAGAUCAAGAUCCUGGAGAACCUGCGAGGGGGAACCAACAUCAUCCGGCUGGUGGACACGGUCAAAGACCCAGUGUCCAGAACUCCGGCACUCGUCUUCGAAUGCAUCAACAACACAGACUUCAAGGAGUUGUACCAGAAGUUGACAGACUACGACAUCCGUUUCUACAUGUACGAACUACUGAAGGCUCUGGACUACUGUCACAGUAUGGGGAUCAUGCACCGUGACGUCAAACCCCACAAUGUGAUGAUCGAUCACCAGCUGCGAAAGCUCCGCCUCAUCGACUGGGGCCUGGCCGAGUUCUACCACCCGUCCCAGGAGUACAACGUCCGAGUGGCCUCGCGAUACUUCAAAGGCCCCGAGCUCCUGGUGGACUAUCAGAUGUACGACUACAGUCUGGACAUGUGGAGCCUGGGCUGCAUGUUGGCCAGCAUGAUCUUUCAGAAGGAGCCCUUCUUCCACGGACAGGACAACUACGACCAGCUGGUGCGAAUCGCCAAGGUCCUGGGGACGGACGAGCUGUUCGGCUACCUGCGCAAGUACCACAUUGAGCUGGACCCGCGCUUCAAAGACCUGCUGGGACAGCAGAGCAGGAAGCGCUGGGAGCAGUUCGUGCAGACGGAGAACCAGCACCUGGUGAGUCCCGAGGCUCUGGACCUGCUGGACAAGCUGCUUCGCUACGACCACCAACAGAGGCUGACGGCCGCCGAGGCCAUGGAGCACCCGUACUUCUACCCCGUAGUAAAGGAACAGUCUCUGUCCAACUCGGACAACAACAUGGUUUCCAGUGGCAACACCACAGCGCGGUGAAACUCGACUUAUAAGAGGAAGAAGAAGAAGAAGAUGUUUGUUACCUCAACUUUGUUCCUGGUUGUGACAGUAACCUUCGACAAGUGUACAGUGACAAUGGAUCAAAGUAACUCUGACCAGUUACACACUCACAGAUAUGUGCAUACGGACACACACACACACACACACACACACACACACACACACACACACACACACACACACACACACACACACACACAUGUACACAUACACACACACAUGUACACAUACACACACACACAGACACUCACACACACACCCUCCUCCUCUGUAUCAGUCUGUGAUUGGCUUGUCCUGGUUCCCUGUCCAGCAGUCCGACCAAUGAGCUUGAAGCUGCUGCUCCCCCUGUCGUCCCCGUCCCGUAGGUCGACAGGGACAAACUACUUUUAAAAGACAAUUCCUCUCCUCCUCCUCCGUCGACGUCCCUCCAUCCAUCCAUCCUUCGUAUCGUCCCCUCUUUGUUUGCAUCAGCAUGGAGAAUGAUCAGGAAGCCCCCGCCCCGCUCAUCCAUCCAUCCACCUGUCUGUCUGGCCCCUCCCACCCCCUACCACCACCCAUCUCCCCCAACAGACAGACAGACAGACAGACAGACAGACAGACAGACAGAGGUCUUAGCUCUACUCAAGUUCUGAAAGCGGCAUGGUGGACUCUCUCUCUCUCUCUCUCUCUCUCUCUCUAGAUAGAAUGAUGAUGAUAAUAAUAAUAAUAUUAAUGAAAAAUAAAUGAUUUUUAUUUAGAUGAA